CUCCGAAUACAUUUUCAUGCGGUCUAAUUGGUUCAAGCCAGUACCUAUUAAUACUUUUUAGUCGAAAAUAACCCAGUAACACCAAGCCAUUCUGGUCACUCCAUCCUUCCUAAUGCAUCCAUUAUAAUUUCGUGACAUUCCUCCUGAAAUCUCGACCAUACCUACUAAGUCGGCCUUAAUUGUUUAACAGCCCUUUCCCAAGUUUGUUGGCUCCUGCAUUAAUAGGCACGGUGAAGUGAACCCUCAUCGAAGCUUUUCACAGCCAGCGAAAGGUCGAUGCGCUGAAAGACGAGGCAUUUUUGAUGGAUUGUUUUUAAAUAGCGCAGUGGGCCGCAGCAUUAGGGUUGGUAUUGUCAGGAUGUUGCGCUGGCCUGUUUUUUCGCCCCCCUCUUGUCUCUUUUGCAGUACAGCUGCUCUCUCUAUAUCACUCUGCCGUCCUGAUCCAGAGGGGGACGUUUUCCUUGUCCCGGGGAACACGAACUAGGGCUGAUGGGAGUCCCGGAAGCCAUUCUGGGUCUACAGAGCUUUGGGCUUUUCUGGGAUAAAACUGCUGUGUGGUGAAAUAUGCCUUUGGAAAGUACCUCAGGGGAAAAGCUUGAUAAUUCGUCUGCUCCUCUGGGUGGUGCUCAUGGUGGAGUGGGCCAGAAUCUGCUGUUGAGUCCUGCCAGUCUCCAGCUGGCUCAGCUUCAGGCCCAGCUCACACUGCACCGCCUCAAACUUGCCCAGACCACCAACACUGCCGCCGCAGCCACUGUCCUCAAUCAGGUCCUCUCCAAUGUGGCAAUGUCCCAGCCUCUCUUCAACCACCUUCGGGGUUCAAGCAUGGGUCAGUCCCAUGGCGGAGCCUUUCCACCUCCACCUAUAGCCUUCCCACCUCCGAAUGCUGCUCUGGGACAAAUGGUUGGUGGUGGCUUUACGCCAAAUCCCACUGGGAUCAGGCCCAGCACCUUCAGCGGAGUGUCCAUCCAGAAAUCUUGUCAACACAAUGACUUCAGCAAGAAAUCUGGAACAUACCCAGCAGAUAUGGACCGUCGCUUGCAGUUUGGAUAUCUGGGAGGAUCUUCUAAUAAAGUAUGUGAUGGGGGACAGUAUGGCGGAGCCAACACACAACCCAGAAACAAUGUCCAGCCUAAUUUCCAGAGAGACUUCUAUUCUUCUGAAAGCCCAGUACAACAAACUGGUUUCAAAGGAGGAAGCAAUGAUCAGAGUCUGGGAUCUCUUUCCUCGUCUGGCUCCAAAGAUCAAUGGAAAGGUCCGAUGAACUUGGUAAAGAUGGAUAUAGGAGCAGUUUCUGGGGGUUGGGUUCCACCUGGACCAGGAUUUGUUGGUCCGAGAGCAGAAUUGUAUAACCCAGAGGAACCCACAGCAGAUCCUAAGUUCAACUCGACUUGUGGGCCAGGGAUUGGCCCACCCAUUGGGCAACAAGGGGGAUUUCAAUCACAGCCACAGGUUGCCCAAGUGGAGGAAGAGAGGACUUUGUCAUUACAGCCCCACCAGUUUAAUGACUAUCACGGGACAACACCUUCACAUCUACCCCAUCAGUGCACCAUUUGUGAGAAGAAGGUUUACAACUUGAAGGACUGGGACCAGCAUGUGAAGGGCAAGUUACAUCUGCAAAACUGUUCGCUCUACAACGAAAGCCCGACGCUCACGGCAGUGCACUUUCCAGUGUCGUCUGAAGGAUGUCUCAACAUGGCGUUGAGUAACACCAUGGCGUACACAUCGGCUGCCAGUCAAGACAAUUCAACUGGAAGCACUUCCUAUUUACCCGCCACGGCCAUGAAGUCAUUUCCUCUCUCAGGGGCUGGAUUUCCUGUUCACCAAUCAGGAGCAAAGUUUGUUCAGCGGAAAGCAUGUCCAGGCCGCGUGGUGCAUAUCUGUAACCUGCCGGAGGGAAGCUGCACCGAGAAUGAUGUCAUCAACCUGGGUCUUCCGUUCGGCAAAGUGACCAAUUACAUCCUCAUGCGCUCUACACACCAGGCUUUUCUAGAGAUGGCGUAUGUGGAAGCGGCUCAGGCUAUGGUUCAGUAUUAUCAGCUCCAGCCAGCCACUAUUAACGGACAGAAACUGCUGAUCCGCAUGUCGAAGAGAUACAAAGAGCUGCAGCUGAAGAAACCAGGAAAAGACGUCGAUUCAAUAAUCCAAGACAUCAAUUCACAGAGAGAGAGAGACGAGAUGCAGGAGACUGACAGGUAUCUGCCAGAGCGUGCUCGAUCCCGCAGUCCCAUCAGUCGAUCUCUGAGUCCUCGUUCGCACAGUCCCAGUUUCACCUCCUGCAGCUCUGCCCACAGUCCACCGGGACCAUCCUGUCGGCCCGACUGGAGUAACGGCAUGGGCCCCCGGCGGCCCUCCUGGGACUGGACAUCCCAUUCAAGAGGGGACGAUGACCCUAGAGACGACUGGAGGAACGAAGAGGAUGAUCGACCAAAUGGAUGGCUGUCAGAGCGCAGGAAACCAUACCUUAAACCCGGCGAGCGCAUCAGUCCUCGAAUGGGUCCCGGGGACGAGCGGGGCAGAGACUGGUACUCUUACCACUCCGUAGAUGACUUUUACAAGAAGGACUCGCUGUAUAAGAGCGAUAAACUGAGGACGCAGCAUCAGAGACAUGAAGGGAAGACCAAGAGAAGGGAAGAUUAUCAUAGAUCUCGACACUCUGAGUCAGACCUGACGGAUGAUAUGAGCUGCAGUCGGACACUUGAGGACAGAGGACGCAGCAAGAGGACGAGCCGGAGACCCGAGAAGGAGACGGAAAAUCAGAAAGAAGAACAUAAAGCCAAAGAAAUAUCGGAAUCUCCUCCUAACAGCAAACCUGCUGAGUCCUCAAAGUGUGACAAACUUGGUGACUCUGAGGCGCAGGACAGUGGAGACGAUGGAGAGGAGGAGGAGAGCUGGUAUCCUAAAAGCAUGGAGGAACUGGUGACUGUGGAUGAAGUAGGAGGAGAAGACGACUCAAUAGUUGAACCUGAUCUACCUGAUCUUCUAGAGGACCACCAGAGAGUCGAGUCUGUUCUGUCAACAGCAGAGAGCCCUAAAACCACUGCAAAAUCCCCAACCGAAGCAGCAGAAGAGCCCGUGGUCGACCCCCCUGACCCUCCAGCACUGGAUCUGAGCCUUGAAGAAACCUCUGGAUGUCCUCAGUCCAGCCCUGGAGAACCAGCAAUCAUCCCAGAGCAGAUGGUCUCUCAGCUCAACCGCUUCCCAUCCCAAGAGUUCAGGAGCGCUUUGGAGGAGACCUGCACAGACGGCAGAACACACAUCCACACACACACCCCAGACGAUCCCCCAGAAAAUAGAGUUGCAGGGGAGAAGAUGACAGACUCCAGUAAUGAUGAGGGGAAGACGGCGGAGAUGGACAACAAGGAAGCAUCUCUCAAACUGGACAGUCAGAAGAAAGAUAUUCCUGACCCAUUAUUGGCCGCUUCACCUCAGGCAUCAGACAUCUCGGCUGCGUCGCCCUCUCAGGAGCAGGAGAAGGCCAUCAGUGAACACAGCAUACCAUUAGGUGUGGAGUUCAUCGUGCCGAGGACGGGGUUUUAUUGUAACCUUUGUGGCUUGUUUUACACCAGCGAACAAACUGCCAAGACGUCGCACUGCCGGAGUACAAUUCACUACAGGAACCUACAGAAGUAUCUGUCACAGCUGGCGGAAGAAAGUUUCUUGAACUUCCACGCGGAGUCGCCAAACACUGAAUAAAGCUCACGUGAGACACACAAUAGGACUGCUGGACGCACUAAAUGAGACACAUCCAUUCAGUGAAACAGAGACGCUGCAGAAAAUAAAGAAGGUAGACAAAGACAACUGGAGCUAAUGGAACAUUUGUGUGCUGGAAUGUGUUCAUUCAACAGUGUAAAUUACAAAAAAAGGGAAAGUGAAGUGUUAAAUAGUUUUUUUCUAUACAAUGUAAGUGAAUGGGGAUUGUGGCUCAAAUUUAAGAAGAGUGCAAUGAAAAAUAAGUGCAGAUAUUAGUGGCUAAUUCAUUUGGAUUUGUACAGUGUUUCAAAUAUUGUGCUGCCUUAAGUUUUUUUGUUGAAUCAAGUUAAGUUUGAACUUAUAUCAGUCAAACUGACUAAAAUAUUAAGUUAAACUUUGUAUGAAUAAAACAAAAACUUAUUUGCUUAUUUAAAAAAAAAGUCCAAGUAACUUUUUUUUGUCAUAUACUGUCAUUUUUUGCAUUGUAUGUCUCAUUUAUAUGUUUUGUUAUGAUCUUCUUGCACCCUGUUAUACACUGGAAAAAUGCUGGGUUUCACACAAUUCCUUUAUGUUGUCCCAACACAAAUCAAUUAAGUUAAAUUAAUAAUUUGUAUAAAUUUAAGUGGAUUGAACAUAACACAAGUAAGUUGUCCCUAAAAUCUUUAAGAAUUGUGUUGUUUCAACUCAUUUUUAUUAACUAAGUAGUUUAAACAAGCAGCAAAAGUCAAUGCAUUAAUGGAGAGGCUUUGGUAAAGAUGUUUAAAGUAUUCUUAAUAUCUAUUUUUUAUUUUUUAAUGUUUCACGUUUUACACAUUGUAUUCAUUCACGUUAGCCUGGGGUGAGGAACAAACUGAAAAUAAUAAUAAUAAAUAGUAAUAGAAAUAAAAUAAAUGAAAACUAUAAGAAAAUAUUUUUUUUUACUCAAAAAAAAAAACUAAACUAAAUUUUAGCUGGUUGCAAAGGCAACAUUUCUAAUUUUUGUGUACUUUAAGUUUAAGUACUAAAAUAACUAAAACUAAUAAAUAAAAUGUUUAUAAAUAUAAUCAUAUAUCUUAUAUAUAAAUAAGCCCCAUCCCCCAUUCAUUCUAAUUGUAUGGAAAAGAGCAGCAGUGCAGGAAAAUUUAACAAAAUAUCUUAAAUUGUCUUUCAUGGUAAGUCAUAUAGAUUUGGAACAAAAUUAAGUAGACUGUACUUUUAAGGACACAUUAAGGUCCUUAUACGGAAUACAAAAGACUGUGUGUGUGUGUGUCCUCAGUAGUCCCGCGAGGUAUUUUAUUACACUGUGAAAAAUAUGUAUCAAAAUGUGAAAUGCACUGGUAAGUGUAGUGUUUACAUAAUUUGCAUCUGCCUCAUUCAUUCAUACAAAACAUGAACCUUGCAUAUGUAGAGAUUUUUCUCAGUGAAAGGCAAAUAUGAAUAUGCCUAAUUUCUAUUUAAAUUUAAAGAGGCCUAAAUUUAUCCUCAGGUGAAUACUUGUGAAUAUUAUUUUUAUGCUUUUUAAGCUAUAUAUACAUUUGUCUGUAUUGAUUUUUCUGAUAAUUUUGACAGUGUUCAGGUCAUGUUUCAUGCUCGAAAUAUUCACAAGUGCCUUAUGAGUACAUUCAAAAUCAUUUAAAAACUGUUAAACACGAUGGAAAGCUUCUGUCUGUCAUAAUCCUAUGCUUUUGCUCAAUCAUUACUGUAAGCAGAGAUUUUAGGGAUACUUGAACUGGACCAUGUUUCUAAUAUAACAUUUGUUUUUAAAAAAGCUAGGUGUGCUACAAUGCUAGUAAAUUGCUGGAAUGAUUCUUGAAAACAUUUUCUCCUGCUGUUUUAUAUUCUGUUAAUAAUAGCAUCCUAUUUUCUGGAAGACAAAUCUGUAUGAUUAUUUUUGGAUUGCGUCGAUGCAAAUAUUGAAUAAACAUUUUGGAAAAUGA